GAUUCCAUUAACGUUGAAUUCCAUACAGUCAGAAUCAAGCCAAGGCUGAUGAUCAAUAAGAACAAAUACCUUCUUCAUUCAAGAAUCUUGGGAACUUUUCAAUACAUUUGAUUCGUUGUGCAGACAAGGCUUCUCACAAAUUACUGGCAUUCAACGAAGAGAACAAGAUCGAUAAUAAAACCAGCGUCUACCAUGUCACAAGUUCAGCCUCAAGUUCAAAAUCAGCCUGAUAACCAUGAUCAAUCUGAUGUCCAAGAUCAACCCCAAACUAGCGAUCAACUUCAAUCCCUAGUUCAAGUUGACCUUCAAAGCUCAUCUCAAUCCCAACUUGACAUUGGUGCUGGAGAUUUCACCUUCUUUUCCAAAUUGCCUCUCGAACUACAACGCGACAUUUGGGAGAUUGCCGCUGUCCCAGAGUCCCGGGUCAUUCAAAUUGAAACUAUUUGUGAGCGAGAUGCUCAGGGAAUAAUUCAUCAUGCUGCUGCUGCGAUUGCUGACGAUGAUGAUGACCUUUUACAUUGGAGUCCUACGGAGUGCUCACCAACACCGUUGCUUGAAAUCUGCCGCGAAUCGCGAUCAAUUGCCAUGAAGUAUUACAAAUACUCCAACUUCCUCGGUCGUCCUCUAUUUUACAACACAGAUUUAGACACUCUGUGGGUCAGAGGGAAUCCGCUUUUUCAAUGCGCCAGUACUGACUCACCAGGCGAAACGACACUAGAAGUUCUAUUCUGGCAGAGACGUUUUACCGAACUGGGGCCGUAUCUUUUUCGCUCCGUUGCUCUUGACUUUGCAGGAAUCAAAGCACAUCAUAUGAUCGUACCUCCGUGGGGAAACAUACCGCAGGACAUCAGCAUUUGCACACUUUAUGCGGUUUCUAGAAUGGAGGUGGAAAAAGUUUACAUUGUUUACUCUUCCGGGGAAUGCACAGAUGAAAUUGAGCAGCAAGUAAAUUUCUUAACAGAACAAAUAAAAUUCUGUGCCCAACAUCUCCCCUGGAACCAAUGGAUCCAGAAUAUGCUAAAAGAAAGGAACGAUCGAGAUGGCUUGACCUUGACCGAGUGGAAGAUGCCUACUGUUGAGGCAAUUCUGGACACUCGACUUCUUAAUCCCAUCCAAACAUUCCACAAUUUCCCUAAUCUUCCUCUGGAACUACGACAAGCGGUUUGAAAACUCUCCGCAAUUCCGUAUUAUCGCACCCUUCAACUCGAUCCCAGGUGUGAAGGAAUUGGAGUUGAAUCAGAUGGCAGGCAACCUGACAAUUUGGAGGAACCGAAUUACCUCACCUUGCUACCCGAAUGGACUUUUCCAUACCUGCCAAGAAUCUCGUCAUAUUGCACUCCCAAAAUAUGGCCAUAGCAAGGUUUACACAAUCUCUUCUCAACUUACAGAAAAGUGCAAUAUUCCGCGUCGAUUUUAUUAUAACGUGGACAACGAUAUCAUGUGGAUGAAAGGAGACCCUUUACGCAAGACCACCUCGGCGGGAAAUUACCAUAAAUAUUGCUAUUGACGUGA